AUGGCCGCCUCAGCGAAAUCAGUCCUCAUCACAGGGUUCGAAGUUUCUGUUCUACAAUUUGUGCACCUUUCUAACAUGCGUAGCUGUUCUUCCGGAAUCGGCAAAGCACUCGCCUUUGAAUUUCACCACAGAGGUCUCCGUGUCUUUGCCGCCUCUCGAUCUCUUGCAUCGAUAAAAGAUCUGUCUGAUGCAGGCAUCGACACAGUGCAACUCGAUCCCGCUUCCGCCUCCUCAAUCAAUGCCGCGCGAGAAGUCGUCUCCAAAGCAACAGGUGGAAAACUAGAUAUUCUUGUUAACAAUGCAGGUCAAUGGCUCGAGAAACCCGCCAUCGAGACAGAGAUUGACAAGGUGAAGGCGUUGUUUGAUAUUAACGUCUUCGCCGUGAUGGCGAUAAUCAACGAUUUCAUACCUCUCUUGAUUGCCGCCAAGGGUGGAGGAACAAUUGUGAAUCAUGGGAGCAUGGUCAGAUCACUUCCACACCCCUUCACCGCCGCCUACAACGCGUCGAAAUCUGCGGUGUCUCAAUACUCGCACACCUUGCGUAUUGAACUCGAGCCACUGGGAGUGAAAGUAAUUGAGCUGGUUAGUGGGAGGGUGGCCACUGGGUUGAUUACCGUACCCACACUGGAUGAGUCUUCGAUUUAUAAACCUUUAGAACCCAUCUUACAAAAGAGAGCGAGGGAAGCUGAAACUCAACAAAAGGCAGAAGUCUUUGCCAAAGCGGCGGUGAAGAGUAUCCUUGAGAAGCCGGGGAAUGUAGAGGUAUUUAAGGGCAACCUUGCGACGAUAGCGUGGGUGAUCACGACGUUUGCGCCGAGAUGGGCGAUUCAUGCCGUUUUUAGGAGCACGGUUGGGUUGGGGGAUGGGAAGUUGAGGGGAGCGAUUGCAGAGAGGGCUGUUGCGCGUUCAAAACAUUGA